CAGAAUGAAGACUUGGCGGUCCUUAAAAUAGCUAGUGAUUUUGGCAGCAAUGGCCAAACAGGAAGACAGACUAGCUCCAAUUCCUGAUGUAGACCAAAUAUCCUUUCCAGGAGAAGAGGAAAAAGUACUGAAAUUGUGGAAAGAAAUUGAUGUUUUUCACAACUGCCUGAAGCAAAGCAAAGACAAGCCCAAGUUCACAUUCUAUGAUGGACCACCAUUUGCCACUGGUUUGCCUCACUAUGGGCAUAUUCUUGCUGGGACCAUCAAGGACGUGGUGACACGCUAUGCCCACCAGACAGGCCAUCAUGUUGAGCGCAGAUUUGGCUGGGAUACUCACGGGCUUCCUGUGGAGUACGAGAUUGACAAGACCCACAACAUCAAGGGCCCUGAGGACGUGGCUGCCAUGGGAAUAGCCAAGUAUAAUGCCCUGUGCCGUGGCAUUGUCAUGCGUUAUGCUGAAGACUGGGAAAAAAUUAUCACAAGAUUUGGACGCUGGAUUGAUUUCCGCAAUGACUACAAGACUCUGUACCCCUGGUACAUGGAGAGUAUCUGGUGGAUAUUCUCUCAGCUCUACGCCAAAGGCCUUGUAUACCGCGGCGUUAAAGUCAUGCCCUUCUCAACUGCCUGCUCCACUCCCCUCUCCAACUUCGAGGCUGGCCAAAACUACAAGGACACUCAGGACCCUAGUGUGGUGGUGCAGUUCCCAGUGUUGGACACUGCAUGUGAAGUUGGCAGCGGUGGAGCUGCUCUGGUUGCUUGGACUACCACGCCCUGGACGCUGCCUUCAAAUAUUGCCCUCUGUGUCAACCCUGACAUGAAAUAUGUCAAAGUCCGCGGAAAGACAAAGGAGUGUGAGGGCGUUUUCAUCCUGAUGGAAGACCGCCUGGUGCAGCUCUUCAAGAACCCUGCUGAGGACUGCGAGGUGCUUGCCAGAUAUACAGGCAAGCAGCUGGAGGGCACCGAGUAUGUGCCCCUCUUUGACUACUUUAAAGAGCAAAAGUCUCGGGGCGCGUUCCGUGUGCUGUGCGACUCGUACGUGUCGGCAGAGUCUGGCACGGGCAUUGUCCACCAGGCGCCCUAUUUCGGCGAGGACGACUUCAGGGUGUGUCUGGGCUACGGCAUCAUCACCCGCGACCAGCGCCCCAUCUGUCCCGUGGACGAUGCUGGGCGCUUCAUCGACGAGGUCACCCACUUCAAAGGGCUUCAUGUCAAGCAGGCCGACCCUGAGAUCAUCAAUUUUGCCAACUGGCUGCGGGAGGCGCGGGACUGGGCCAUCAGUCGCAACAGGUACUGGGGGACGCCCAUCCCCCUCUGGGUGUCCCAGGACAUGGAGGAGGUGGUGUGCGUGUCGAGCAUCGCUGAGCUAGAGCGUCUGAGUGGUGAGAAAGUCACGGAUCUCCACCGAGACAAAAUCGACCAUCUGACCAUCCCCUCACAGCGGCCUGGUCAGCCCCCGCUGCGUCGCAUCUCUGAAGUGUUUGACUGCUGGUUCGAGUCUGGCGCCAUGCCCUACGCACAAGUCCACUACCCCUUUGAGAAUAAGGCUCAGUUUGAUGACUGCUUCCCUGCCGACUUCAUUGCUGAAGGCAUCGACCAGACGCGUGGUUGGUUCUACACGCUGCUUGUAAUCUCGACAGCGCUUUUCGGAGGGCCGCCUUUCAAAAACCUCAUUGUGAACGGCCUAGUGCUAGCUUCGGACGGCCAGAAGAUGAGCAAGAGAAAACAGAAUUACCCAGAUCCCAUGGAUGUAGUGAACCAGUACGGCGCUGAUGCUCUGCGUCUCUAUCUUACCAAUAGCCCUGCCGUGCGAGGAGAAAACCUGCGCUUCAGGGAAGAAGAGGUCAAGGCGCUCCUGAAAGAGGUUUUCAUCCCGUGGCUAAAUGCCUACAGAUACUUUGGCCAGCAGGUCGAACGUCUCGAGAAAGAUGAAGGCAUCGUCUUCAAUUACCAAGAGUCGAGCGACAUCCCUAAGAACGUGAUGGAUCGCUGGAUUCUCUCCUUCACUCAGAGUUUGCUUGCAUUCGUCAGGAAGGAGAUGAAAGCGUUCAGGCUGUACACCGUCACUCCGAGGCUUGUCAAGUUUGUGGACAACCUCACUAACUGGUACGUCAGGUUCAAUCGCAAGCGUCUGAAAGGUGAUGCGGGCACCGCUGAGUGCCAAGAGUCACUGGCCACGUUGUACAACGUCUUGCUUACCAUGGUGAGGCUUAUGUCGCCCUUCACGCCUUUCAUCACCGAAACAAUGUAUCAAAACCUGAAGCGCGUCCUUGGUACUGAGAGUGAACUACGUGCAGACUCGGUUCAUUAUCUUAUGGUGCCUGAGGCACAAAUCUCGUUGAUCAGCGAACGAACCGAGACAGCAGUGGCCAGUCUGCAGUCAGUCGUCGAAUUGGGCCGAUACUUGCGAGACAAACUGAACUGUCCCAUCAAGUAUCCUCUACCCGAAGUGGUCGUCAUCCAGAAGGAGGAGAGCGUGCUUCAGGACGUCCUAGCGCUUGAGUCGUACAUCAAAGAGGAACUCAAUGUGAGGACAGUGACUACCUCCACUGAUAAAAGCAAGUACGGUGUGGCCCUCAAAGCUGAGAUUAACUUCAAGCUGUUGGGAGCGCGCCUCAAGGGUGAUGUGAAGCAGGUAGCGCAGGCUGCAGCAACGCUCAAUGACGACCAGAUUACCGAAGCAUUGAGCAGCGGUGCCAUUGAUCUGUUAGGGCACAACAUCAGCGCAGAUGAACUCAUCAUCAAGUACGCCUUCAGUGGCGAGCGCGCCGAAGAGUUAUCCAGCAAGUAUCAGGCACACAGCGAUUCAUCAGUCCUGAUUCUGCUGGACACGACGCCUUCCCAAGAGAUGUUGUGGGAGGGACUCGCAAGGGAAGUGGUCAAUCGCAUACAGAAGCUCAAGAAGGAGGCCCGUCUAGUGCCCACUGACGAAGUGACUGUCUGGUACGACGCACCUGACAAGAGCGGUGAACUGCAACGCGUCAUUGACUGUCACUUGGACUACAUCCAGACAGCCACGCGUGCCCCGCUACGACCUCUUGCAUCGCGCCCUGCAAGCACUGAGGUCCUCAUUCAAGAAAAGGAACCAAAGAAGAAAAUCAAAGAGACUGUGCUAGAACUUGUCAUCACUAAAGGUUAUGUGCCAGGCUUCAGCACGACGAGUGGUGCUGCAACCAUGAAUGGUAGUGGAGGUGUGCAGUUGGCGUGUCCAUGGGUAAAUGUUGUGUACGGCGGACGUGCCCGCCGCGGGAACCCGGAAGCGGUGACAGGCACGUUACUCCUUGAGAACCCUGCCGGGGUCCCAGUGUUGUGCUCAAUGGAUGAUCUGACGGCAGCUGCCCGAAAGCUCUUUGGCUUUGCUGAAAAUUCUGUCGAAGUGCUGGUUGAUGGAGUACCGCUCAACACUGCAGCGAAAAUGUCGGCCCUCGUCGGAAAAACGGUAUUCUUUUUACCUAAAGGAAGCUCCGCAAAUUUCACGAUGAACAACGCUCCUUUUGCCAGGUUCAUUAACGUCACGUUGAAGAGCGGCGCCGUAGCAAGCGUUCUAUUGGAGAACCCCGUGAAGAGCGGCCUGUCCUCUCCCCACGAGAUCUUGAGCGUCACUGGCAAGCUUACAGGAUGCAAGACCUCGGUGGGAUCGCUCUACACGAACGAGUCACGUUCGAAGAUUGUUCGAUUGGACAACAUCGCAGCGCUCUCCGGCUCUUCGUUCUACUGCUGACCAUCAUCACGCGCUGUUAACUGUGCGGCACUGGGGCCACGAGUUCAUUUUUGUCAUGAUGUACAUUGAGGGAAAAACAAAAACUAUUUACAUGAUCCAUCUUUACACACGCUGAUGAACGAUCGUGCGUGAGGUAUGACAUCGAGGAAUAAAAUAUAUUAUUUAUUGUGGGCUGCUGGUAGGAUAAAAGAUUCAAGCUUCAAAUUUUAUGACUUGCAUUUAAGGAACACCUGAGAAUGUUGGAGAAAUGCGAUCAAAUGGACAAUGUACAUGAACGAUUUGAGAAUUGCUCAUUUAGUUACAUUUUAAAAUUCCGAUUCUUCCCACUGCAACUCCUAUUGCAGUUUCGAAUGAAAUUUAUUUCGAGAAUAAAUAUGUAGUGCGAAACAAAUGGUCGCCUUGUGACACAGUAAAGCAACGUUAUGGUGGC